CCUCCUAUUUAACCAGACCGCCGCCCUCCCCUUCUCAAGGUUCUGGUAUUUUUGGACCUUGCACAUCUCUGGUGGCGAGAUGGUGAUGGCGAUGACGGUCGAUGUAGAUGAGAAGGUGCCACAGCCGCCUGCGAAUAACGCCGCCCACGCGGAUGCGGAGAAGAAGGAUAGUGCAGUGCGGGGGGACUCUCACUCUCGCACUGGCCAUGUCAUCGAUAAUGGACCUGACAGUCAGGGUUCGGGGAGUGACUGUGCUGGCCGCCAAGUUGAAAGGUGGAACUAUCCACGCUCUAAUAUUUACAAGACCCUCGCGACAUUCUGGGCAUUUCUUGUCAUGGGCGCGAAUGACUCGGCUUAUGGACCCCUCAUCCCCUAUCUCGAGGAACACUACAACCUCUCCUACACAACCGUCUCACUGGUUUUCCUCUCUCCAAUAGGCGGAUACACCCUCGCUGCACUAACAAACAACAUCCUACACCUCCGGUUCGGACGCCGUGGAAUCGCAAUCCUCAGCCCAGGCUGCCAUCUAAUCGCGUACAUCGUCAACUGCCUGCAUCCGCCGUAUCCAGUCCUCGUGGUCUCGUUCAUCUUCGCGGGCCUUGGAAAUGGACUCGCGGACUCGGCCUGGAAUGCCUGGAUCGGGAACAUGGCGGAUUCAAACCAGGUUCUCGGGCUCCUGCAUGGGUGGUAUGGAUUGGGUGCCGUCCUUGCGCCGCUUGUUGCCACGAGUUUGAUCACAGAGGCGAAAGUGGGAUGGUGGUAUUUUUAUUAUAUCAUGGUCGCAUGCGCCGCAAUAGAAGUAGGAACCUGCAUCUGGACCUUCUGGGAUUCCGACGCAGCCUCUUUUAGGGCCGAAACCGAAGCCCUAAACUCCAGCGAUGACGGUGGGGUGCGGCGCGCGCUUUUUGAUCGCCGCUACGCGCGCGUAACCUGGCUCCUGGCCUUUUUUCUCUUGAUCUACGUCGGUCAAGAAGUUGCAAUCGGGGGCUGGGUAGUGACGUUUCUAAUGCGGGUGCGUGAUGGUGGUGAUUUUGCAUCUGGAAUGGGGGCGACGGGGUACUGGUUGGGGAUUACAUUUGGCCGCGUGGUGCUGGGAUUCAUCACGCCCAAGAUCGGCGAGAAGACAGCUAUUGUUAUCUACAACAUCCUCGCCAUAGUAUUCGCCCUGAUCUUCUGGCUCGUCCCAAACUUCUACGCCUCCGUGAUCGCCGUCUCAAUCCAGGGCUUCUUCCUCGGCCCCAUGUUCCCCGGCGCCGUGGUGGUAGCCACCCGCCUCCUGCCCCGGUCUAUGCACGUCAGCGCAAUCGGCUUCGCAGCAGCGUUUGGAGCCUCCGGAGCUGCUGUUCUUCCGUUCGCGGUCGGAGCUAUUGCGCAGGCGAAGGGGGUUGAGGUGUUGCAGCCCUUUAUUGUUGGGUUGGGUGCGGGGAUUACGUUGCUUUGGUGUGCUUUGCCGAGGAUGCCGAAGAGGGGGGUUGAAAGUGAGGACGAGGAGGGGCGACAGCAGCAACAGCAGCAGCAGCAGCAUGAUGAACAGGCCGGCAGGGAGAGGAUUCGAGAGGGCGAGGAGGUAUAG